GUAGCCACGAUAUAUAAAUUCCCCAAACCCUUAGCCAAAUUAGGGUUAAGGUCUGUCUCUCUUGCAGUCGCCUUUAUCAGAAGCAAAAACACUAAGCUUUAGCUUCUACAUCGGAGAAAAUGGUGAAGGGACGCCAAGGAGAGCGAGUCAGACUCUAUGUAAGAGGAACCAUCUUGGGUUACAAGAGGUCAAAGUCGAACCAGUAUCCAAACACUUCAUUGAUCCAGAUUGAGGGAGUUAACACCAAGGAGGAAGUAGCUUGGUAUGCUGGCAAGCGUAUGGCUUAUAUCUACAAGGCCAAAGUGAAGAAGAAUGGCUCACACUAUCGCUGCAUUUGGGGAAAAGUUACUAGACCUCAUGGUAACAGUGGGGUUGUUCGUGCUAAGUUCAAGUCUAACCUUCCCCCGAAGUCUAUGGGAGAUAGAGUCAGAGUCUUCAUGUACCCCAGCAAUAUAUGAGUAGUGUAGAUCGACGACUCGAAUGACGCUCUACCAUUUCACUUUUGUUUUAUGAACUUAGUCAAGAUUUUGUGUGCUUUGAAUCAGUCAUUUUGUUUCUUUAGGAUGGUGAAAUAUAAGACUUAUUUAUCUUUACAUAUUUCUAUCAAGGGUUUUCCACCUAUUUUCUCCUUGAA